AUGUUUUUAGUUCCCAGUCCGCCCUCCUCACUCCAUAAAAAUUACCUUCCACAAAAUAAGAUGCAUUCUGUUCGUCGUCUUCGUUUGAUUUGUGCAGACAUAUCUCCCAUCAAGCAGAUCCGUCAGAUUCAUUUAUCAAACAUGUCGUCGAAACCAGUACGUGCUCUUAUCAUGGGCCCACCUGGAUCAGGUAAAGGAACUGUUUCUGAACGGAUUGUCAACACGUUCAACGUAACACACUUAUCCAGUGGGGAUGUUCUCCGUUCACAAAUUAAAGAAGGUACAGAGGUUGGCUUAAAGGCGAAGGCGAUCGUGGAAAAGGGAGGACUCGUGCCUGACGAAAUCAUGAUAGAACUUAUAAUGAACAAAAUGAAGGAAUUAGCUGGAGGGAGCUGGCUAUUAGAUGGUUUUCCAAGGACUGUAAUGCAGGCUGAAAAGCUUGGAGAACGACAGCAGCUUGAUGUCGUCAUUAACUUAGAUGUUCCUUUUGAGACAAUUAUUGAUAGAAUUUCAAAACGUUGGAUUCAUCCAGCUAGUGGUAAGACUUACAACUUGGAUUUCAACCCACCUAAAGUACCAGGAAAAGAUGACGACACCGGAGAAGAUCUUGUUCAACGAGAUGAUGACAAGCCAGAGACUGUGCGACAGAGACUAAAGCAAUAUGAAGACAUGACAAAACCUUUAAUUGAUUUUUAUUUGAAACAGGGGACACUGAAGUCGUUUUCUGGGACGGAAACAAAUGUAAUAUGGCCCAAAGUUAAAGAUUAUCUUGCUGAGAAUUUCUUCAAGCAAUAAGAAUAUUCUGGGUUCAUUUUCUUUCUUAUAAACUGGCUGCAGAAAAUACAUAAACUAUUGGCUUUCAUUUCAGUGUAAAAUAUUUUUGGGGUGGUAGGAUUGAGUUUGGUGAAUUGAAAUCUCUCAGGACACAUGGAAUGGUGAAUUAAAUUUGUCUGGAUAUGAUAUUCUGGUUUGACAAAAUUAUACAUCAAGAAAAUAUUUUUUAGUUAUAAUUUAUAAAUUUUGAAGUUUUCUCAUCACCUGCUUCUUGAACAAAAAUUGAAUCAACAUUAGGGAAUAGAAAAUUGAUUGCAUUGUGGUAGUUGUAACCUGUAGUAAUUAGUUUGGUAUGCUGGUAAUUGGUCAUGAUUGGUUGGUUUAUGCAAAGAAUAGUCAGAAUGAAUGUAAAAUUAUUAACAUACUACAUUUUGCAAUUAUCAGAAAAAAGAGUAUCGUCUAGUGAUAACAGGCUAUAAGUGUCAUUCCUUUAGUCUCUGAAUUGUGAGACAAACUACUACCAUAAAAUAACACAGAUAUGAGAUUAGUAAGUAGUAACACUGUAACUUCAAAAUGCUCGACUAGUUGUAUGAAUAAGAACUAUAAUAAAAGACUUGGGAGUGUGUG